AUGCAACAAGCUCAGGAUCGUCGGGCAGCACAACAACAACAAGCCGAGCUUGAAAAGCUUCAAAAAGCCCAGCAAGCCGAGAUUAACAAGGCAGCACGCGAUUGUGAAGCUCAACUUAAAGCCGCGAAGCGUGUAGAGCGUAAGAAACGUCAGGAGGAGAAGCUAGUAGAGGACGCUGCAAAACAGGCUAAGAAACAACACCAGCAGCUUAUUAACAACACUAAGAAGCUUAUAAAACUUUCCCAAAAGGGUAAGCGCAAGGCUUUACAAUCCUAUACGCCAGCUGCAAAGCGUUAA